GCGCGGCGCGGGCGCGGGCGGCGGACGACGAUCGGGACGCGGCGGAACGGGCGGCGAUCCCGUCGGAUGCGGACGCGAACGACCGCGGAGAGGGGCGGGGGGGCGAUGGAGACGCGAUCGAGCGCUCGGUGGAGGGAUCGAGCGAGGAUUCGGUGGAUGAGGAGGAGCUGGAACGGCGGGCGCGGGGCGAGGAACGCGAGGCGGAUCAAGUGUCGAGACGCGUGUUCGGCGCCGAGGUCGACGAUCGCGCGCUGAAGUGGACGAGGAGUAUUUUCUUGGCGGGUGCGUUUUUGGUCGCGCUCGCGGCGUGGCCGAGGGCGAUCAGUUGGUUGUGUUCGUAUUUCGAGCCGCUCGACACCGCGGUGGCGGCGUUCGAGUCGCUGACGUCAAACGUGGGGUUCGAUCUGCGCAUCAUGCGCGCGACGGCGACGGCGACGUUCAAGAUGGUUGCGUUGUGUGCCGUCAUCACGGGAUUGAUGCGAGAUGGGAAGCUUCCGCUGGAAACGCCCGUGGUGGUAUCCAAACUGGCUUUCAACGUCAUGCUUCCGGCGUACCUGUGCACGCGCGUCGCGGCGACGCUCUACAUGUCGCCUCUCACCAAGGCCCUGGCGGUGUUGCCCAUGAGUGCCGUGGCACAGGUCAUCUUCGGUUCUUUCAUCGGCGUCAUCGUCACCUCGGUCGUGAACAAGUUUUACGCGUACACAAAGUGGUAUAGCGUCGAGCCCAAGGACGACGCGGCGGAGGAAGAGCUCGUGCAGUUGAAGAAGGAAAAUAUGGAUAUGUCUCGUCUGGGCAUCGCCGCGUGCGCCUUCGGGAACACAUUCACCCUUCCGUUGGUGUUUUUGACCGAGGUGCUCGGUCGCGCGCGCGCGGACGAGACGGCGGGUUACAUCGCUCUGUACCUCAUCGGAUGGACGCCCGUUUUGUGGACUGUCGGCUUUUUAUUGAUCGCCGGCCCCGUCGCCGUGGCCGGGCUCAGCAAGGACGGGAGUAAGACGAGCGCGCUGAGGGACGCGUACCUGACCACGCGAGCGACUCUGCAAAGAAUCAGCAAGGAGCUCCUGAAUCCGCCGCUUCUCGGAAUCAUCGCCGGGGUGCUCAUCGGCGCGACGCCUUUGAAGGAAGUCUUCGUCGGCAACUUUAGCGAUGCGACGACUGAUUUCCCGGCCGCGUUGACCGCAGUCUCUGUCGUUCUUCGCGCGCUCUUCGAACUCGCGGCGAGCAUCGGUGCCGCCGCGCUUCCCGGUCAGAUGCUCGUCUUGGCGUCGAGUCUCGUGAAGAUUACGCCCGAGGACGUGGAGCGGAGACUGGCAAAGGCCGCAAAGGCGAAAGAAAAAGUGUCGACCGCGCCCGCGGAGUGCGAAGAAGAAGAUGAUUCCGAAGAGUGCGAGACGACGCAGAGAAAGAACUCGAUCAUUCUCGUAUUCGAGACGCUCGUUGGGGCUUUGCGAAGCGCCUUCGGCAUCUUCGGAGCCGUGUUCAACAAGAUGGGCGCGGGAUGGGAUUAUUUGUGCCGCCUCGAGUUGGCCGACGUGCAAGCGCUCGCUUCGGCGUGCUUAGUGCGCUUCGUUGCUCUGCCCGCGGCGUGCUUAUUUGGACUCCUCUUCCUUCGAGCGCUCAAUUCUCCUUGGUUCCCCACCGAUAGCAUGGCGGCGCUCGUGCUCCUCACAAUGUCCUGUAUGCCCGCGGCGCAAAACCUCGUCCUUCUCACGCAGCUUCGAGAGGCGACGCGACCGAUGGCGCCACGCUUGGCCGCGCUCAUGCUGCGUCAAUACGUUAUCGCGAUAGUUCCCGUCACAUUCUGGCUCACGGCGUUCACGAGCGCGGUAGCGUGA